AUGGCUCUCAUCUCUGCGCAGACCAAGUCGCGUGAAGUCGCUCCGCACGUGCUGAGCCGGCAGAGCUUCGAUAUCUUCUCGAUUCUUGAACCGACCAUCGCGUUUGCUCUUCAGUUUCAGCAGUUGCUCAGCAACGGUUCGCUGUCCGUCUUUGUCCGGACCUGCGCCAUCGCAUCAGACCUACUGCGCGUCAGCAGAAUCGUUGCUGCACAAUCCCUGUGCGAGACCAAGUGCGUCCUUGCCAACAUCGUGGCAUUGUCGAAGAACGCAGGGUUGGCGGCUUGGAACACCAAGGCGGUGAGACGAUGGAGAAAGAAGAUGGAACACGAGUUCUUCACAUUUGCGCUGGGCUGUGGCAACGUCCUCUGCCUGAUGUUGUUUUGGCCUGGAUGGUGGCUUUUGGGUAUUGCGAUUUUCGCCGCUUGGAGUUUACUGGUAACAGCAUCCGUGACCGGUGCAAGGCUCUGA